UUUAAACGUAAUUUGGCAAGUAUUUACUGCAGCGCAAAAUACCGAAUAGGGGCCCCUUUGUUGAUAUUUAGUCAGCAGGUACCGGCAAAAGGUUUUAAUGCUCGUUUUGGCAAAACUGGACUGAAGUUACAUGUUUGUAAAUAAUAUAUAAGUCAAUCCCUUACAAAAAAAAAAAAAAACGUUUUCUGAGAAGAACUCCCUUCAAGGACUUGCUUGGGCAAAAAAGCGCAAAAAAGGCCCGCUAAAUGUUUAGAGAACGUCUUGGAAUAGAUAAAAGCGCCGUCUUACUGUGAAAUUUACAAUAAUAUGUCAUCGACGGAAAAUCUUUUACAAGAGUCUGGUGAUAGAUCUACAAAUACGUUAGAAUCUGGUCACCGUUCAGAAAGGGCAGAAGACGAUUUGUCUCGUCAAAAACACAGAGAAAAGGCCAGCGAGAAAAAGAAACAUCACAGAGAUGUAGGUCUGGAAAACAAAGGUUUCGAGUCGGACAGUGAGCAGGCAAACAGAAGUGUUAAACACUACACGAAGGUUCAUCGAACAUCGAGCGAAAGCGUUGCGCGUCAGUUAACAACGAAACCUGGACAAACGGACGAGAAAAGAAGGCACAGCUUCCCAGGGCAGCCAUCUAGCGACACGACGCAGGCAGCUGACGUUGUUGCCCAGAAAGGGAGCAGACAUAGGCGGCGUUCUAGCUCAACAGAUGAAGAUUUGCGGCGAAGAGCUUGUUUCAACAGUAUGCGCCUUCGACGUCUUUCAAGCUCAGAAUCCAGUCAGCUGCCUCCUUCGGAAGUCGAUGUGAGUGUCGACGAUGAAGUAUUUUACGAAGAUUUCACUGCGACGGACGCUAAAGAGAAGCAUCAGGCACUUCGCGAUGGAGACAGGAAUCAGUUGAAGGAAAACAAGACAGCAUAUUCCAUGGGAAGCCUCUGCAACGUUGUAGAAAUGGAAAACAGAAAAUUGGACGAAUAUUCCAGGCGUCUGUCCUACGCUUUAGAAGAAAGGGCAAAAUUAGAGCAAGAGUUAAGUCUUUUGCGCCGGACAGCGUCGGUUGCCAGUAUAUCCGCAGAAGAAAAGUGGAAAAUCUCGUCGCAAAUACACUUUCGAAACGAAAAGUAUAAUUCUGAAAGGAGGUUAAGUGCUCGAGGCAAUGGAGGUAACCAAUUCUCGUUUGAACAACUCAAACGUAUCCAGUACGGGCACAGUCCGCGAAAAUUACCUGAUGUUCCAAGAGCUGUUAGUGGUAAGGGCGAUGCGUUUGGCGAAGAAAUACGUCCUGUAACUGAGAAAAAAGUUGAAAGGUUGCCUCUACGAAAGAUCACUGAAGAAUCCCCACUGCAAUUGAAACAAAAAGGUAAAAGAGAUGGCUAUGGUUUGCCACUCAGCGACUCCGAAAAGCAAAGGAGAGAACGCAAAACGGCUGAUUUAGCAGCCGAUUUGUGGCAAAAGCUGUUGAAAGGGGAAAAAUUUCAUGUCGAGGGCGAAAAUAUGAUUGACAAAACACGUGAAACCUCACUUGAUGGGACAAGGAAGACUGGAAGUACAAGAGAAGUCACCAAAAGUGCGAACUCAUCUUAUGCCAAGCCUGGAAUGAUCCAAAGAGAUUCAGGCAGAGAUAUUAUCGGUAGAUUAGCUGAAGUGUCUAUCCCCACGACUUCAGGAGUAGAAAAACGAGAAAAACCACUUGUGCGUUCGGAAUCUGAAUCAAACCUCACACGCACUGAUGCGUUUAGAAGAAACCAGAGGCGACCAUUGCGUUACAAACGCCGUUCUACCUCGACCGAGGCGUUGCCUGGAGCGACACAACCUUCCACGUCGACGCUCAACGAGGCGGAAACAAACAGGCUACGGCAAGAGAAACCGGAAAAAUUGGAGGGGAUUCGCAGCACUGAAGCCGUAAGCCAGAAUCACAGCCAAUGGUUUGACUACAUGUUGCCUCCGGGGAAACGUGGAAAUAAAAGAGAUACUGCGUUACAAAAUUCACCCCAGGCUCCGGGCGCCUCACAGCAAGGAAUAUCUGGAGCUGAGCAAUCUCUAUCAGAAAAGUUGCGCUAUUAUCAAGGUUUGCAGGAGCAGAGAUCUCGAGAAGAAAACUCGUUUGAUUUAGUUGAUGCCUUCAUGGCUGCAGAAGACGCCGAGGCAGAAAGAGAGUAUCAAAGGAAAGCUGCUGGGGAAGCGGCCUUGCUGAGAAGGGAAGCUUCACGUCUGCUGUACCAAGCAAUGAACUUGGAGCGAAUUUGUGAUCCAAACGCUAGAGUGCGGCACAUUUUUACUCCGUAUUAACCUUUAUAUUUCCUCCUUAGCCACGUUAAAAUCGUUCGAAAAAAAUGAUCGAGACUUAAUGAAGACUUUCAUGAAAGCAGUUUGGCCUCAAGCGCCCAGAAAUGUUUUUGGAUGUGACCUAACUUUUGAUUAUACAAAGCAGGGUUUUUAAGAAAUCGAUUUCUGCUUGUAAACACGCUUAGCUUGAUCAAGAAAGUAUGAUAUCUUGACGGAAGAUGUUUUCUAGUCGGCAGAAAUUUCUUAAAUAAGUUUUCUUCAAUGCUCAGACAUUUCCAACAGGUAUAACACUACAAGUGGUGUUUGAUUUUAACUUGUGAAAGCACAUCUUCAUAAGAUAUUUAGAAUUAAGGUACGAAAUUUAGGCUAAUGUCCGCUAACAGUUCUUGACAUCAUUGCUUUUUGAAAAAGCUCUUUAAAUUUUCGGGAGUCCAAAAAGAAUGGCUCCUUAAACGAAUAGGUUAACGAAAACUCGUGGCACUGUUUGUUUAACAUUGUUGUCAUGACUACUAAGUAACACCCCCACCAAAAAAAAAAUUCUCUGACGUUUUGUUCUCGCGUACUACGUUCGACGCGAGGAGCCUGGUAAUAGCAAUAUCUCUUCAUUUCUGAAUUGAAAUUUUAAGAUGUUUUUGUACUGUUGAGACUAGAGAGAAAAAUAUCUUGAAGCCUGGAAAAGGAACAUAACUGAAUUUCUGCACGAACAAAACGUUGUUGGAUAUUUUCAACACGCAGGCAGCUUUCGUGUAUCACAAAAUGAAUAAACUAAUUUAGAAAUUAGAAAUCGACUGCUGGUGUCUAAUUUUGUUUUGUUAAUUUGUCUGUUUAGUUGUAGCAUGAUGUAUGUAAAGUAGGCACAAGUGUCAAGUACUGUCUCAAAGUUAUACAGCAUUUUUUUCGCGCUCGCCUCCCACCAGUGUGUCCCGGGUUCGAUUCCCAGACCCGGCGUCAUAUGU